GUGCGCCGUCAUACCUGAGUGUAAUCUCGACGUUAUCUUAAUUAGAAGUUUAAAGUUAUCUAUUCACAGUGUUUAUGAAUGCAUAGUAUUAUUAUAUUAUUUUAAAUUAUUGAAAGGACAAAAUGAAUUUUAAAAAUAAUUUACGUCAAUUUUUUAUUGAAAUUAGAAGAUUCUAUACGCAGUAUCAAAAGUUAACAAAAAAGAAUUUUGAACUUACAAAAUUAUGUAUGCCAGAACCAGAAUAUAAUGUCAAAUUUUUAUGCGAUCCUUUAAAUCGUGAUUACAUUGCUAAUAAUGUAAAAAAACGAAAAGGAGUUGGUGACAUAGACAAGGUCCUUGAACUAUUCAAGCAAAUAGAAAAACGUGAAAUGUUUUUAAAUGAAUUAAGUAAAAUACCAAACGAUACAUAUUCAUCUGUAUUUGAAUAUGGAGAUAAACCACACGUAUUGAAAGUAUGCGGAUCUAAACGUGAAUAUAAUGUCGAGCCCAAAGAUUUUUCUUACUUAGCUAAAAAGUUAAAACUUAUGAGAUCUAAAGGAUUAGGACCUAUAAUGGGAAGUCGAUGUUAUGUAUUUCAAGGUGAAUUGGCUGAAUUGGAAAAUGCUCUUAUACGGUAUACAUUAAAAAAAUUAAUUAAACAUGGAUUUCAACUUGUAUCUGUACCGGACAUCAUACCAACUGAAAUUAUAAAAAGAUGUGGCUUAUUAGUGGAUGGUCCAAGAACACUUGUAUAUAAUUUGAGUAAGAAUUAUGGAGAUGAUUAUAGUUUAUCGGGAACAGCUGAAAUGUCAUUAGCUGCCAAAUUGAUCAAUUCGAAAUUUUCUUAUAAAGAUUUACCAUUAAAAAUGACAGCUAUUAGCAGAUGCUACAGAGCUGAAAUAUCAAGCACAACAAAUGAAAAAGGAAUUUACAGGGUUCAUCAAUUUACUAAAGUUGAAAUGUUUGUUUGCUCCGAACAAAACAAAUCUUCAGAAGUAUUUCAAUAUUUACUAGAUAUACAGGAAGAUUUAUUUUCUUCUUUAGGAUUACAUUUUAAAAUACUUGAUAUGCCGGCUCAUGAAUUAGGUGCUCCUGCUUAUAGAAAAGUAGAUAUGGAUGGUUGGAUGCCUGGAAGGAAAUUAUUUGGUGAAUUGUCAAGCUGCAGUAAUUGUACAGAUUAUCAGUCGCGCAGAUUGAAUAUAAAAUAUCAAUCACCUAAUGGUGAACUUCUUCAUGUUCAUACAUUAAAUGGUACAGCUUGUGCAAUACCUCGUAUGAUGAUUGCAUUAUGUGAAACUCAUCAAACCGAACAUGGGCGUAUUAAAAUUCCGGAACCAUUGGUACCGUUUAUGGACGGCAAAACAUUAAUACGAAAGCAACCAGUUGCAUUGACGAGUAUUUACAAUUAAAAUUUGUAAAAAUUAUUAUAUUGUUAUAAUUUAAGUUAUAAUUAUAAAAUGUAAGA